GCGGGUAUAAAGGCAAAUAUAGGCAGAAGGCCAAGAUUCAUUAUAAUUUAUAACAUGGAAGCUAAGCCUUCAACUUCCUCUUCUUGUUCUUGUUUUCAUUUUCUUCCUUCUCCUCCACAUCCUCCGGCGAGAGAAAAAUCAACAUGCUGCAACAAAGUGAUAGAGUUUGCCUGCAGUGCAUGCUUGUUAUGUGUUUGUUGCCCAAUAUCAGCCGUUUGGUGUUGUAUGAAGCAACCCUGCAAGAUUGGAAGGAUCUUGGUGCAGCAUGCAAGGCACAACGCUUGUUGUGGAUUGGGAAAGAGGAUUCACGCGGCAUACACUUCGUUCUCGGACAUUGAUUCUGAUGUCGAUAAAGGUAAAGGACAGCCACACUCCAAGAGUUUGGGUUCUGUCAAGAACAGGAUGACACAGAGAGAGCUGGAUGACUUCAAAUUUUAGAAAUUCUGUAGAUUUGAAUGUAGCAACUGUCUUUGUUGGUUAUGUUACAGAACUGCUACUCAUAUGCUAUGGCAAUUUAAUAACUUGG